AGGGGAGUUGGCUGAUACGUGGAUUGUCUACUUUUAGAUCCAUUGUGUUACCGCAGACGAGGAGAAGAGGAAGACUAGUCACCAUGAGGAAAAGCCGUCGCCAACCUCGUUAGGUUUCUUUCUUUCUCCCCAUGGCGUCUGGGAUACCCGGACGCAAGCUCGGCUACGAGGGAAGCGGAGGUGGCGGUGGAGGAGGAAACCUCUUUAAGAGGACGCUGGCGGAUAUGGAAAGGCAGCUGCAGAACGCGCUUUUGCUGCGGUCGGUGAGGCAAAGAACUCAGACCAUGCCUUCAAUCUUCAGUUUUUCUUAUGGAGUCGGAGGUCUCGUUUGCAACUCGUUCACCGCCGCUGAGCCGCAGAGACUGGUUUCUUCCUUGCCGUCCGCCAGUUCCUCGGAGUUUGGGUUGCCACGGAAACCCGAGUUGCUCCUCGUCUCGUCGGUUCCGGAGGAUAGGUCUCCCGUCUCGGUUAGUGACCAACUCCGGGAGCUGGAGCGGCAGCUCCUGUUGGACGACGAGGACGAGGCCGAGGCCAGCGUGUCGUGCGGCUCCGCCGCCACCCACGCCGAGGCGAUCCAGCGGCUGAUUUCGCCGCCGCCGCUGCUCGCGUCGCCAACUAACUCCUCUUCUUCCACCAUCUCCUUCGCCUCCUGCUCUCCACCCUCGUCCAUGCCCUCCCCACCUCUUCCUCCUUCCUCGAGGCAGAUGCUUCUUGAUACCGCCACCGCCCUCGGCGAAGGGAAUUUGGACGCGGCGACAGCAAAUCUGACCCUGCUAAAGCGCGCGGCUGAUACGCGAGGUGAUGCCGAACAUCGCCUCAUGGCGGUGAUGGUCACCGCGCUUCUAUCUCGCCUCAAUCAUCCGCAGGUGGGAAUCUCCCACCCGAUCGCGGACCUCCGCAGCCCGGAGCACUUCGCUGCCACCCAGAUGCUCUAUAGUCUAUCUCCCUGCUUCAAGCUCGGAUUCGUCACUGCCAAUUCUGCGAUCUUGGAUGCCACGAAGGACGAACCUAAGAUUCACAUCCUCGACUUUGAAGUCGGGCAGGGUGGCCAAUACGCCGCUCUCAUCCAGACCGUCGCCGAGCGCCUACGACUCCGCCCCGCCAAAUCCCCACCUGCCAUCAGGAUCACCGCCAUCAUCGACCCCUCCUCCCCGUUCACCAAUAUCAACGCCGGAAACUUGAGGGCUGUUGGCGACCGGAUCAAGAAGCUAGCGGAAAGGUUCCGCGUGGUGCUCCAUUUCAACAUCGUCUCUCUGCGAGUGGCAGAGUUGGGCGCGGCUUCGCUCGGGUGCGAGACCGGGGAGGAGACCCUAGUCGUGAACCUUCCGUUCGUCCUCUCGAGGGUUCCCGACGAGAGCGUCUCCCCGGAGAACCCCCGCGACGAGCUUCUCCGGCGCGUGUGCGCCCUCCGGCCGCGGCUGGUGGCGAUUGCGGAGCAGGAGAUCAACACCAGCACCGCGCCGUUUCCCGCUCGGCUCGCCGAGGCGUGCAGGCACUACGGGGCGCUGCUGGAGUCGCUGGAGGCGGCGGCGCAGGACAGCUCGGGCCCAGAGCGGGGGCGGGUGGAGGCCGGGUUGGCGCGGCGGGCGGUGAACGCGGUGGCGGGGGAGGGGGCGGAACGGGUGGAGCGGUGCGAGGUGUUGGGCAAGUGGCGGGCGCGGAUGAGCAUGGCCGGGUUCGAGCCGGUACCUCUGGGGCCGACCGUGGUGGAGUCCAUCAAGGCCCGGCUCGCCUCAUCCUGGCCCAACCCGGGGUUCACCGUGAAGGAGGAUGCCGGCAGCCUCGCGCUCGGGUUCGCUUGGAUGAAUCGGGUGCUCACUGUCGCGUCGGCGUGGCGUUAGGCGGAGUUUUCAUCAAUUAUUAUAAAUAUAAAUAGAUAAAUAUUAUUAUCGCCAUCAUUAUUAAUUAUUAAUUGUUGGAGACGUGGCCCACUUUUUUUUUUUUUUUUACCAGUUGUGAUUUGGUUAUUGGUGUUUAUUAUGAUCAACUUUAUAGGGAAAGGGACGACAGGCGCUAUAUA